AUGGCAUCACAGUGCCUCAGUAGCGUGCUGACAAACGCAAACCUCACCAUGUACCAACAUGGUAUUCCUGAAGUUCUGCCCCAACAAUCCAUUAUCAACACCCAGCAGAACAACAACCUGGGCUAUAGCUCCAACACAGGUCCCUGGUAUGGUCAGAUAAAUCCCCUCUUCUGGACAGCUGAAAAUGUUAUGGAGUGGAUCAGUGCCCAGGCCGACAGCACCAAAUUCGAUGCCAGUACCCUCACUCUGUCCUACUGUGCCAUUGACGGAAACACCUUCUGCCAAAUGAACCUGGACCAAAUGAUCAUGGCAUUUGGCCCUCAGCUUGGCCCACAUCUCCACCAAAACCUGCAAGAACUCAAAGCAAAAUAUGAACUAACCAGUCUAUCAGGACCAGAACUUCACGAGACUUGCCAGCUCCUGGAUAGGUUCCUACUCAACCUAAACCUCCCUGAUAACAUGAACUUCCCUUUGAUCAGCACUGUCAAAUUUGGUCAAGAUGAAGACUCUGUCAGCAAAGUGGAGUAUGACUAUGGUAAUAAUUAUGAUCUGCUUAGCCUGACCAUGGGGACGAUGACACCUCUGCAAGAUGAGUAUCUGUCUGAUAGCGACUGCAGCUCCUCGUCAAAUAGUGGCCUGUUUGGCUUUUCGAGCCUCAACUCACCAGAGUCUGGCAGUGGAGAAUCUGACCCAGAGUUCUCCUACCCUCUGAUUUCAAAGACGCACAUCAAGAAGGAGAAAACAGAGACACAAAUUAAACGGCCUCGGGGGCGACCUCCUAAAGUCGGCAGAGAACACAGCAAUAUUUAUGAUCCAUUAAAGAAAAAUAAACAUGCACCUCGGGGCACUCAUCUUUGGGAGUUCAUCAGAGAUAUUUUGAUCCACCCAGAAAAGAACCAGGGUCUGAUGAAGUGGGAAGAUCGGCGAGAGGGUGUUUUUAAGUUUCUGAAGUCUGAGGCUGUGGCUCAAAUGUGGGGCCAAAAGAAAAAGAACAGCAGCAUGACAUAUGAGAAACUCAGUCGCGCUAUGAGGUACUACUACAGACGGGAAAUCCUUGAGCGGGUUGAUGGACGAAGGCUUGUUUACAAGUUCGGAAAGAAUUCCAGUGGGUGGAAAAUUGAAGAGAUAGGAAUGGGCAUGUAA